AUGUACAGUAUGAUGGAACAUGACCUUAAGCCGGCUGUACAGCCGCACCAGAAUGGCCAGGGUAUGCCACCUGUUAACGGCGGGGUGCAUGGGCUGAGCCAUACAGGUGCCAAACCGGUGGUAAACAAUCAACAGAGCACGGAUCCGAUGGACAAGGUCAAACGACCCAUGAAUGCCUUUAUGGUAUGGUCUCGGGGUCAGAGACGCAAAAUGGCCCAGGAAAACCCCAAAAUGCAUAAUUCAGAGAUCAGCAAGCGCCUAGGGGCUGAGUGGAAGCUCCUCACGGAAGCUGAAAAGAGACCAUUUAUCGACGAGGCCAAACGACUACGCGCCCUUCACAUGAAGGAAUACCCCGAUUACAAGUACAAGCCCCGGCGCAAGACCAAACCAGUUCUGAAGAAAGACAACCCCGGUGCCAAAUACCCUCUAUCUGCAGGAAACCUGUUGGCGGCAGCUGCUGUUCAGGGACCCGGUGGAAGUCCCCGAAUGGACAGUUACGGAUGGGGUCCAACGGGAGGCUAUGCGGGGAUGCAGAGCGACGCUCUGGGUUACGGGCAGCAGCUACACCGCUAUGACCUCUCUGCCCUACAGUAUCCCUCCGCCAUGGCCACUGCGCAGUCAUAUAUGAACGGGACUAACUCUUACAGUCCUAUGUCCUAUAGCAGUAGUCCUCAGCAGCCCAGCCCAGUGAUGUCUAUGGUAAAACCAGACCAAGUGUCUCACUCUCCAACUGGAGCCCCGACUCACCAGCGCCCCCUACAGGGUGAUCUGAGGGACAUGAUCAGCAUGUACAUACCCAGCAGUGAGACAACUGACCCAUCUGCGGCACAGCGAGGAUACUCCAACCUCCAGCAGCACUAUCUGACAGGGACGGCUCCUCUCACUCACAUCUGA